AUGACAAACAAGGCAUCGGCUAGGGUGGGCACUUCUCAUCUCCCCGCGAACAUGCCCAUCGCGCAACAAGACGACACCAGAUGCGCAGCCACGCAGCCAAAAUGCAAGCUCCUAUCUCUCGCAGCAGAACUCCGCAACGACAUCUGGGAGCUCGCCCUCCAAAAUUCCCCCAGACGAGCACAAGCAUAACGAUAGCGGUGCAGACGACAUCCGACUCAUUCGAGUCGCCCGCAACCGACAGACGGCAGCCCGCGAGAAACCGAGCGUCCUCUCCCUCCUUGCAACCUGCCGCGCCAUCAACCACGAAGCCGCCGGCAUCUUCUACGACAUUCAUAAUUUUUCCAUCGCAGCCGACGACCUCGGAAAGUUCCACGCGCACUACACCAGCGGUCCCGAGCUCCUCAACACCUUGCUCUCGUCCCCAGCUCGACUGCACGGCUUUCGCUCCCUCACCAUCCGAGCCACGCCGGAGGUCUACGGGUCUCCUGGCAGUCUGUAA